CCAGUGCUUGGGCUCAAAAAGCGUGUUGUUGCAUCGCGUUUUGGGCGAAAUACGUGAUUUGGGCUGCCCGACGGCACCCUCGGGGCUGCGGGGCAAAGCUGAGGCUCAAGAUCACGAGUUGGCCGAGACAGCCAGCAGUGCAGCCUCAAAGCGCCGACGCGUCGACGCCGCAUCCGUCGCGGAAACAGUGCAGAGUGGUUCCCAGCUCGACGCGUUUGCGGGCAGCCCAAGGACACAUGGACGGACUGCGCUGCCGCCGCUGCGGUCGCAGCUGCGACGCGUGCGACAACUUCUGCCGGCACUGCGGCACGGCACGCAGCGGCGGCUCCGUCGAUCGGGCUGCGCACGCCGAUGGGGUGCGCGCGCGGGGCCGCUGGCGCCUCGGCCGCUGGGCCGCGGUCGCCGCCCUCGCCGCCGCGGCGACGCUCGCCGCCGCCGACGAGGAUGUGGUAGAGGGCGUCGCGAAGCGCAUCGAGGUCGAAGCCGCGCGCCAGGCGGCCAUGGGCCUCGAGGACGCGUACGCCGUCGAGGCGCAACCGAAAUUGAUACGGGUGACGUGCCCCGACGCGCCGCAGGUCGACGUCGAGGAUUUGGGGCCGGACAGUCAAGCGCGGAACGAGUGCCUUGUUUUUCAAGUGGCAGCGCCGGACCUCGACGCGCGUUUGGUGGUGAAAUGCGACGGCGAGCUCGACUCCGACCGGAGUUUUUAUGGGGACUUCGUGUAACGAUGUGUGUGUAU